GAAAUGAAAACUAACCAACAGUUAGCGUAAUACGUCAAGUGAUUUUUGCUGCCAAGAAAAGCCAAGAAAACUUGUCUGUUUGCAAGAUUUCACGUCAGAGCAUAUAAUAAUAAUAUAUGAUUGGCGCUAAUUAUCUUCAUGAUCUUGUGGAUUGAGCAGAUACCAAGAACUUCACCAUGUUUCGGCUGCUAACCAGCUCGUUGAUGAAACGGACGUGUGCGUGUUCUCAGACAUGCAUAGGAGAACAGCGAAGACAAGCGAAAAUUCUACUUGGUAUCAACUCUAACAAAGCUAUUAGUACUCAACAUUUGAGGUCUUUCACUUCUGCAUGCCGUCAGAAAUCUCAACUCGCAUGCUUCAAUGCAUUGCAUACAAGUCCAGUACUAAAUUCGAUGGGAAGGUUGCAACAUGGACAGACUACUACAACAACACCUGCAAGCUAUAGUCACUCACAACAUCGUCACAACUCACAGUAUGUUGCUGGUGCUAGGUAUGUGGAGAUGCUGAAAGAGAAUGAUGAAGUUUGUGAAAAAGCAUUAAGAACAGGGCAGUUUGCAGUGUUUUAUGAUCUGAGGGCGUUCAUAGAAGGGGACAAGAUGUCAAAAAGAAUGAAACUUGCUUGGAGAGGGGCUGAUGACAUGGAAGAAGUCCUUGAGUUAGUUGAAGGUUUGGAACUCACCGAUGCAGUACUACUCAAUUCCACCAGAAAUGAUCUGGAUCAACCCGCCAGGUUUGCCAUCAACAUUCCCAAAGCCGAUGACACACUCCAGCAAUCAUUGGAAAGGUCGAUGGAAGCCGAGACAAUCGGAAUCAGGAGGGCGCUCUUCACUCUUGGCAGGGGAAAUAUCCAUGAAUAUCUUCAGGCAUAUGCCUUGCUGCAAUGGCAUUCUCUUCAAGCAUUCUGUUCAAAGUGUGGGGCUAAGAACAAGACAAAUCUUGCUGGAAGCCGCAGGAUCUGUUCAAGCUGCUCUGAAGUUCAUUAUCCAACGAUGAAACCAAUAGUCAUCACCUUGGUUACGAAUGGUGACAGAUGUUUGGUUGCUAGGCAACCGCAGUUUCCACCCGGGAUGUACAGUGCAUUGGCAGGAUUCUGUGAUAUGGGUGAAACCUUGGAGGAUGCUGUAAGGCGAGAGGUGGCAGAGGAGGUUGGUCUUGAAGUCAAAGAUAUUACAUACUGUUCUUCACAACAUUGGCCUAUCCCAAGCAGUGGUCUCAUGCUAGGAUGCUAUGCCUUGGUAAAGGAAGAUGAUCAGAUCUUGAUUGACAAGAAUGAACUAGAGGAUGCUAAGUGGAUGGACAGAGAGGAAGUACAUCAUAUACUACAGCAGCCACCAGGUCAAAGUUCAACCUGGUUCCCUCCGAGGCAUGCCAUCGCACAUCACCUAAUCUCAGGAUGGGUGUCCAAGAAAUGAUCAUCCCCUUGCCAGUGUAAACAAGUCUUCCUUUUCCAAUGGUAUUCUAGUUCAACUGAAGUAUCUAUUAAUUAUUUGUGCAAUUUGGGUUUGAGUAUUGUCUUCACAUGUCUUGUACUGUUUUUUUUUUUUGGGGGGGGAGGGGGGUUGAAAAUUUUCCUGAAAUGGUUUGUGAAAGAUUUCCAGGCAGAAAUGAGAUUUAUGGUUGUUGAUUGAAAUGGUCUACAUGCAUGUGGAAAAUUUCCAUGCAAAGCCAAAAUGUUUUUUUAUUUUUUUAUUCAGAGAGUUACUAUUAUCAAUAAUCCUGUAGAAGUAACCUGUAAGAAAAGUCGCACAACCAUUACAAAAGAGAAUUUAGAUAUGAGUUUCUCACUUCUGAGGUAUUUGAAUGAUAGUUGUAUGAUUUUUCUGUUUAUUAAACUGAAAAAAGCUGGCUACAAAGGGUACAGCAAAUCCAACCAAGAGAUGUGCAACCAUUGAAAUUUCGUCAAGUAUGUGAAAUGGAAAAAAAUACUAGAUAAUUUUCAGAAAUACUGGAAUUGUAUUAAUCAAGAGAUAUGUCUGUGCCUGCUACACUAAUACCUCAGUCACACUAUGGCGGCUGUAUGCCAAGUCGAAAACGGCCUUUUAAAAAUUUUUUAUACCAGACAUUGGUGGCUUGAAUAAAAAUGAAUAAAAUGGCUAUUUUUGACUCGCCAUACAACUGUUAUUUGGGUUCACUGUAUGCAAGAAAAGCAGUCAACCCUUUAUAGCUCAAGUCAUUGUCAUUUGGGUUUUCUGACUGUACAUGGGUUUGAGGGAUCUCUUUUUGAUUUCUUCAGAAAACUGCAAGAUAGAAUUACUCCUGGCUUGUGCCAUAACAUCGGGUUAUCCAGUCCGGUCAGGCAAUCGUGUCACCUGACCAUUUGAGAAAAGGCCCUCCUGAAUUAAUAAUAAUAAUAAUAAUGUGACUAAUAAAGCGCCAAAUCCACUCUGUAGAAUGCUCAAGGCGCAUAAAGAGCUAAGAGUUAAAUAAAAAAGUUUUUAGAAGAUUUUUGAAAGUUUCGACAGAGGUACAUUUUUUUAUGUCUUCAGGAAACCCAAAACAUCGGGUUCAGUUUACCCGACCUUUUGUAUAUAUGGCUGUAAUUUUCACAAACAUUUGGGCAAAUUGCACCCGACCUUUCAGAAAUUUAGGUGGUCCUUUCUGCAAAUGGUCGGGUAUACUGGACCCAAUGUUUCAACAUUUUAGGAGGCCCUUUUCUUGAAUGGUCUGGUUACGUGAUCGCCUGACUGGACGUGAUGGCCCAAUGUGAUGGCAUAAGCCAAUACUAAAAUAGGCCAAAUUUUGAAGGUUUGUCAUGUUCCAUUAUUAUCACCACGGGCCCGUAACACAAAGCUUAGGCUUUAGCAAUGAUCGUAGAACAUUUUUCUACAAUUGAUUCCAUUGGCCCGUAUUCUGAAGUCGGGUUUAACUUAAACCCGGGUUUAAAGUUGUGGUUUAAGUAUGGAUAGCCAAUUGUUACAUAAAUCACUACCGGUGGGGAUAUCGUAUUUCAGCUCAUUUUGCUCUCAAAUCAUUCAUAAUUCUCUAGGAAGUAUAAAUAGAUGAUUGUCUUCACCAUCGAUGAAUCAGGAAAGAGCACAAUAAACAUAAGAAACAAACAACUUAAUAAAAUUUUGACACUUUUGGCUUCCCAUAAUUUUAGCACAGAGUUAGACCAUGGUCUAAGUUAAACCUGACUUCAGAAUACGGGCCAUUGACUACAAUGCACAACCAAUCGUGAAAAUUGAGUGUAUGAUUAAUCGCUAACCUUUGUGUUACGGGACCCAGGUAACUAAUCAGGGCCCUGUAACCUAAAGCUUAGUGUUCAAUCAUGGGGCUGGUUUUUACGAUUGAUCAUAUACUCAGAUGUUGUUUGAAGGUUUGCAUGGUGGCAUGUACAAUCGCUGAUGUGAAGACGGACAGUCAACCUGUCCGAAACGUCGCGUCUCUCUACUACUCAUCAUCUCUACUCGCCGACUCAAGCCAGCAUCUCCUCAUCAGCUCUACUACUCAAGCUGUUCUCAACUCAUCAAUCUUUCCUGGUUUACAGUCCUUUUCAGGACUACUUUCAAGAAAGAAUACUCUACUCUCAAAUCUCCACUUUCUCGCCUAUCCAUUUCUUCUCUUCUUCUAUCCACUGUUUCUAUAACACUCCACAUGGUGUACAGUAAACCACAUCAGCGAUUGAUCAUAUACUAUAAUGAAUGCAAUCAAUUAUAGAAACCUGCCUUAUGAUCAAUCACUAAGCUUUAUAUUACAGGGCCCAGGGUGGUGUUUCAUCUAAAGGUGAUUGUAAUUUACACGUCUUUACGCACAACUGGGCCCUGUCUCACAAAGAGUUUUAAAAUAAUAUUAAAUCAACCUCACAUAUAUAUAUAUAUACAUGGAAAUCCAUCAAUGUCAUAAUUUUUGGCAGGAAAUUUGCACAAUCAAUGCCCAUUGUAAACAAAGGGCACACCCAAUUAUCAAAACAUCGAUGAAUGUUUUCUAGAUAUGAUGUAUACUCGUUGAGUAUAAUAUGAUGUAUACUCGUUGAGUAUACAUCAUAUCUAGAAAACAUUUUGAAUAAACAUGCAUUUUGUGUUGGACAUUCUGGCUUUCCAUAGUUGUGGUUGAUUGGAUCAAUUAUUUGUCUUUGUUAGACAAACACCGGUGAUUCUUUCUUGGGUAAUGAAUCGGUUCCACAACCAUAACAAUUCAUCAGCUACAUGCAAAGUUGUAAAAUGAUCCUUGGAAAGUUUAAAAUUCACAUUUUAACCAACAUUUGAAUGUAAAAUUCAAUAUCUUUCAAAGUCUGAUUAUAUAGGUUUUACAGGAAAUGUGCAAGGAUAUUGGGUUACCCUAUUUAUUGCAAGAAGGGGUUACCAGUUGCAUACCUUUAAAAAGCUUUAUGAAAUAGUCACCAAGUUUGGAAAACAUUUUUUAUAUUUGAUCAUCAGUACUUUCUAUGUUGUUAGUGCCUCUUUUGAACAUCGAAACAUGUGAUUAAUAUCAGCACAAAAAUAAUGCUUUUACAAAGUGUUAGCUUGGCAAGUAAGAGAAUUUAAUUUUAUGAUUUUGUCAUAGAUAAGAUAAUCUGAUCUUGCUAAGGUUUUUAUAAAAACAAGGUCUAAAAGUGUUAUGUCAUGUCAGAUGAAUGCAAAAAUGAGGUUGUUAUAUCGGAAUUAUGAGAAUUGUAUUGGUUUGUAAAUUUUUAUUUGAAGAAAUGAAGAGCGAUAUAUCAAAAAUAAAAUAUUCCAAAUA